GUUGGCCUCAUCCCACAGCUCAGCAGCAGCCCAGCCCCUCCUCCGUCUCCAUUUCUUUUGUCCCUCUCUCUCUCUCUCUCUCGGUGUUAAAACGCGGCCGCCGUACGCGCAUUGCCUCCUUCCUUCCGAGCAGUCGCUGGCUUGCUUCGAUUCUUCUCCUUCUCUCCUCUUGCCGGGGCGUUCUUGGAGGGGGGCUGUAGCUAGCCUAGCAGUGUACUUGGAGCUGCUGCCGGUGGAGGUCUGCAAUGGGGAGGAGCGGCCAUGCCUGCUCCGUUCUUGGGUCGCUGCUGCUGCUGCUCCUGCUGCUGGGCCCGGCCGCUGCGCAGAAGGGCUCGACCUGGAAGACGCUGAGUGGCGAUGCUCCAGCAGUCAUAGCUAAGGGUGGUUUCUCGGGCCUAUUUCCCGACUCCAGUGACCCUGCUUAUUCGUUUGCUGCCAGCAAUCAGGAUUCAGCCCAGUGGUGCGAUGUUCGGUUAACCAAGGAUGGCGUUGGCAUCUGCCUUCCAGACAUAAAAAUGGAUAACUGCACAACCAUAUCCGAUCUUUUCCCAAAGGGAAAGAAGACCUACCUUGUCAACGGUGUGUCCACGACGGGGUGGUUCUCUGUGGACUAUAACAGCAUUGACCUGACCAAUGUAACUUUGCUGCGAGCAAUCUUGUCUCGUACUAAUAGGUUUGAUGGAAGCUUCACGCUAGUUCAAGUUGAAGUUGCACUGUCGCAAUAUAAGGCCCCUGCUUGGUUGAAUGUUCAGCAUGACAGUUUCUACAGCCAGUUUAAUCUGAGCAUGAGAAGCUAUAUCCUGUCUAUGUCAAAGCAAUACACGGUUGACUACAUCUCAUCCCCUGAAGUGAGUUUCCUCAAAAGUCUAGUUGGAAGAGUUGGCAGGAAGACAAAGCUUGUGCUCCGUUUUCUUGAUGAAGGCCUUGUCGAGCCAUCUACAAAUCAGACAUAUGGCUCAAUACUGAAAAAUCUAUCAUCCAUCAAGACUUUUGCUUCUGGAAUACUUGUUCCCAAACACUAUAUCUGGCCUGUUACGGCAGAUAAUUAUCUGCAACCCUCUACUUCAGUCGUGGAUGAUGCUCAUAAGGCAGGCUUAGAAAUUUAUGCUGCUGAUUUUGCCAACGACUUUGCACUCAGCUACAACUACAGCUAUGAUCCGUUAGCAGAAUAUCUUGGCUUCAUCGACAAUGGUGCCUUCUGUGUUGAUGGUCUCUUGACUGAUUUCCCUAUCACUCCCUUAGAGGCCAUCGGCUGCUUUAGUAACCUGAACAACACCAAGGCAGAUCAUGGGGCACCUCUAGUUAUCUCCCACAAUGGUGCUAGUGGUGACUACCCUGACUGCACUGACCUAGCUUAUCAAAAGGCAGUUCAAGACGGUGCAGAUGUCAUUGACUGUGAUGUUCAAGUGACAAAAGAUGGCAUACCAAUAUGCAUGAGUUCCAUUGACCUAAUGGAUGUCACUACUGUUGCAUCCUCACAAUUUGCUUCUCAAGCGGGUGUCAUAAGCGACAUUAAGGCUGUUGCUGGAGUCUAUACCUUCAACCUCACUUGGGAGGAUAUUGCAAACAACCUGAAGCCUAUGAUAUCGAACCCAUUUGGCCAGAUUAGCCUAUCAAGAAAUCCCAGAAACAGGAACGCAGGAAAAUUCAUGAGAUUAUCAGACUUUUUGGCUUUUGCAAAAGGAAAAAAAUUGUCAGGAAUCAUGAUUACUGUGGAGCAUGCUUCAUUCAUGGCAGAGAAACUUGGGUUUGGUGUGGUAGAUGCAGUGAUCAAAGCUGUUGAUGACUCUGGUUACAGCAAACAGAGCGCCCAGAAAGUGAUGAUCCAGUCAACAAACAGCUCAACUCUGGUGAAGUUCAAGCAGCUGGCCAAGUAUAACCUUGUGUACAAGAUCGACGAAGUCGUGAAAGACGCGGCACCUUCCUCCCUCGCAGACAUCAAAAAGUUUGCGGACGCUGCUUCUGUCAGCAUCAAGUCCGUUUACCCAGAGUCGAGCAAUUUCCUGAUAAACCAGACGAAUCCUCUCGUCAAGUCCCUGCAGUCUGCUGGCCUUCCAGUCUAUGUGUAUCUGCUCAUGAACGAGUUCUUUUCUCAACCGUAUGACUUCUUCUCAGACGCCACGUCACAGAUCAACGCCCUUGUGCACAAAGGGGGAGAAGGAGGCGGAGUGGAUGGACUCAUCACCGAUUUCCCGGGGACGGCUCACAGAUACAAAUUGAACUCGUGCAGGAACAUGGGGGACAAGACGCCCUACUACAUGCUGCCUCCCCAGCGCGGCGGCCUGGUUGGGGUGAUACAGGAUAAAGCAGCAUUGCCACCAGCAAUGGCCCCAGAGCCGGUGUUGACUGUCUCCGACGUGGCGGAGCCGCCCCUUCCUCCGGUGAGCAACACCACAGCUCCAGCGCCCUCCCACGCCCCCGUCGAGGUCUCCGUCUCGAUCCCGAUCACUGCGGCGGUGCUAGUGCUAUGCGCUUCUCUGCUUAUCUGAGGACCACUAGUCAUUCUUUUUUUGGCCACCCGUUCUAUUCUAUUAUGUAGCGAGCGAUUCAUUUUUCCUUUUGCUUUGGGUCUCAUUUGGGGUGGUGGAUGUUGAGGUUAAAUGAUGAUUCAUGCCUGGAUGGUGGCACUUACUUAUGUCCCUAGUUAAAACAACAUUCUGGUAAA